AUGCCCUCCGCCCUCCUCCUCGCCCCCGUUCUCCUCGCCGCGUUCGUUGUCCACCGCGUCUUCCUGAAGCGCUCACCCCUCGCGCACAUCCCCGGGCCCCCCUCCUCCUCCUUCAUCUACGGCAACCUCCCCCAGCUCCUCCUCCCCCACACAUACGGCACCUUCGAGUUCUCAUGGCAGACCACGUUCGGGGGCCUCUACCGCAUCAAAGGCCCCUUCGCCUCCGAUCGCCUCGUCAUCUCCGACCCCGCGGCGCUGAAAGCCGUCAUGAGCGACACGCAGACGUGGCGGCGCAGCGACCAGCAGCAGUACAGCGUGGACAUGCUGAUCGGCAAGAAGGCCGUGUUCUACAUCGAGGGCGAGGAGCACAAGCGGGUGCGGAAUGUGAUGAACGCCGCGUUCGCUCCCGUGGUUAUCAGAGGGCUGCCUCCCGUCUUUAAAGGGAUCGCGGAGAAGAUCGCUAACCGGUGGGAGGACAUGUUGGUCUCUGGCGCGAAGCUUGACGCGAGCGGCGCGAUGGACAUUUAUCCUUCAUUGCACGACGCCACGCUCGAUGCUGUCGGUGAAGCGCCCUAUCCGGUGUCCGUUCUCCCUUCCACAUCCUCGUCGAUGCGAUCGUACCAUACAUAUCGCCCACCUUACUAUCGCUCGCCCUCAAGCUCCCAACCCCCGCCCAACAGGAAAUCGUCAGGAUCGGCGCUGAGGGGAGGCGAGAUGUCACCUACGCGCUUGGCACUGAAAGCCAACGCGUCGUCCAAGUUAGGACACCAGAUGAGCGACGAAGAGAUGGCCCAGCAGAUUCCUUCUCUGAUGAUCGCUGGGCAGGAUACUACUGGAAACACCCUAUCCUGGGCCAUCUACCGCCUAGCCUCAUCCCCCGAGCUCCAAGAGAAAAUCCGCGCCGAAGUCGUCGAAGCAUGCGAGUCGUCUCCCGGCGGCGAUAUAAGCUUGACCACCAUCGAAGGCAUGGUCUGGCUCAACGCAUUCCUGAAGGAAACCCUCCGCUUACACCCCGGUCUCCCGAUGUCUGACCGCAUCGCGUCAACGGACGCAGUCAUCCCCGUCUCGCAGCCCAUCACCACCUCCACCGGCGAGACAAUAACAGAAGUGAGAGUACCAAAAGGAACGCACGUCCACUUCCCCUCCAUCGAUGCUGAUAACACGAACUUGUGUGGUAGAUUGGCGUAUGUAUGGGGCCCGGAUGCGCACGAGUUCAAGCCCGAACGGUGGAUCGAGCCGUCGAAGUGGGCAGGGAACCGCGCUGCGUCGAACUUCGGCCCGUACGCGAACUUGUCCACGUUUUUCGGCGGUGCGCGCGUGUGCAUUGGUUGGCGAUUCGCCGUCACCGAGCUGCAGAUCCUCUUCACCGAGCUCGUGCGCCGCUUCAAAUUCGCGCUCCCGCCGCCCGAGACGUCGCCCGAGCUGCAGGUCCGCAUGAGCGUCGCGGUCAACAUGAUCCCCGUCGUCAAGAACGGGAAACCGAGCCUGCCGGUAAUCGUAGAGGCCGUAUGA